AUGGCCACCGAAGCACCCCUACCAGCUACCACACCCUCGACACCUCCACCCGCACCCACACCUGGCUUCAAGCCUCAGCCCAACCCAUUCCUGCAAACCGCCACUCUAACAACUCACGCCUUCCCCUCAAUGGAACCAUCAUCCUUCGUCGCCUACCCAUCCACGCACCUUCUCCUCCCGCUCCGCAAAGACAUCCUCCACCGCGCCGUAAUCUUCGAAGGAGACAUGUCCCGCCAAGGCACGGCGUCCACUAAAUGGCGCUCCGAAAUCCACGGCUCGGGGCACAAAAUCCGGCCGCAGAAGGGAAGCGGCAAGGCGCGGUUGGGUGACAAGAAAAGUCCCAUGUUAAGGGGAGGUGGUGUGGCUUUCGGACCCAAACCCAGAGACUUCAGCACGGGGCUACCGAAGAAGAUCUAUCACUUGGCAUGGCGCACAGCACUCUCCUACCGCUACCGGAAAGGCGAAUUGCUUCUCAUCGACGGGCAAGCGGACAUCACCGGCGUGCAUGAAGAUAGUCUUGAACGCUAUACCCGCGACUUACUCCGCCACAACAGAUUCGGUCACGCGGACGGGCGGACGCUGUUCGUCACGUUAGAGCGACGGGAGGGCUUGUUUCGGGCGCUGGAGGGGGAGAGGAUGGGACGUGAGGCGCGGGCGUUGGAGGUUUGGGACGUGGAUGUGAAGGAUUUGUUGGAGCUUGGCAGGGUGGUGGUGGAGAGGGAGGCGUUGGAGUGGGUUUUGGAGGAGCAUCAGGAGGAUUUGGCGCCGGGGGUGAGGUUGGGGGCUUGGGGGAGGAUGAUGGAGGGGUUGGAACGUGCAAGCGAAGGGGGAGCGGUGGGAGAUGUUACGAUGUCGGCCUGA